UCAGUUCUGCUGGGAGUCGCAUCCUACCUGCUUCGGAGGUGUACUGCCUAUGCACAUUCCUUGUACUCACUGUGCUGCUGCUGAGGUGUGAGGCAAACUCCGCUUGGGGACUGAGCUAGUGGAGAAAGGAUCAUAAAAGCGACCUGAUGGGUUCUGGGAAAGUCUUCCUUUUCUCUCCUUCCCUCCUGUGGAGUCAAACUAGAGGAGUGAGGUUGAUAUUCUUGUUACUAACCCUGCAUCUGGGAAACUGCAUUGAUAAAGCAGAUGAUGAAGAUGAUGAAGAUUUAACUAUGAACAAAACAUGGGUCUUGGCACCUAAAAUUCAUGAAGGAGAUAUCACACAGAUUCUCAACUCUUUACUUCAAGGCUAUGAUAACAAACUUCGUCCAGACAUAGGCGUGAGACCCACAGUAAUUGAAACUGAUGUUUAUGUAAACAGCAUUGGACCUGUUGAUCCCAUAAACAUGGAGUACACGAUAGACAUCAUUUUUGCCCAGACCUGGUUUGACAGCCGGUUAAAGUUCAACAGCACCAUGAAAGUCCUUAUGCUUAACAGCAACAUGGUGGGAAAAAUUUGGAUCCCUGACACGUUCUUCAGGAACUCAAGGAAAUCUGAUGCACACUGGAUAACAACGCCCAAUCGCCUGCUGCGGAUAUGGAGUGAUGGAAGGGUUCUCUACACUCUGAGAUUAACAAUUAAUGCAGAAUGCUACCUUCAACUUCAUAAUUUUCCUAUGGAUGAACAUUCCUGUCCACUGGAAUUUUCAAGCUAUGGAUACCCUAAAAAUGAAAUUGAGUACAAGUGGAAAAAGCCCUCAGUGGAAGUAGCUGAUCCUAAGUACUGGAGAUUGUAUCAGUUUGCAUUUGUAGGGUUAAGAAAUUCAACUGAAAUCUCUCACACAAUCUCCGGAGAUUAUAUUAUCAUGACUAUCUUUUUUGACCUGAGCAGACGGAUGGGCUAUUUCACAAUUCAGACCUACAUUCCGUGCAUUCUAACAGUUGUUCUUUCCUGGGUGUCUUUUUGGAUCAAUAAAGAUGCUGUACCUGCUAGAACAUCCCUGGGUAUCACUACGGUUUUGACUAUGACAACCCUCAGUACAAUUGCUAGAAAAUCUUUACCUAAGGUUUCUUAUGUGACAGCAAUGGAUCUCUUUGUCUCUGUGUGUUUCAUAUUUGUGUUUGCAGCACUCAUGGAGUAUGGAACCUUGCAUUAUUUUACUAGUAACAGUAAAGGAAAAACCACCAGAGACAGGAAGCUGAAAAACAAAACUUCGGUAUCCCCAGGUCUCCAUGCUGGAUCUACUCUGAUUCCCAUGAACAACAUUUCUAUGCCUCAAGGGGAAGAUGAUUAUGGUUACCAGUGCUUGGAGGGCAAAGACUGUGCUACCUUUUUCUGUUGCUUUGAAGACUGCAGAACAGGGUCCUGGAGAGAAGGGCGAAUACACAUACGCAUUGCCAAAAUCGACUCCUACUCCAGGAUCUUUUUCCCAACAGCUUUUGCCUUGUUCAAUCUGGUUUACUGGGUUGGAUAUCUAUACUUAUAAGUUCUGCCAAUAGAUAAAAAAUUCAUAAAAGUCUGGUUUAGUCCAAUAUAAUCACUUGCAUUUCAUAACAGGAAGUUAGAAUUUAAAAUGAAAGUCUACCAGUUAAAAUCUGAAUCGUUUGGUCAUAUGAUUAAGGCUUUCAUAAAUAAAUAAGAAAGAAUUAUUCAGGUUAAUUUACCUAAAUAAACAUGAAAUUCAUUGUCCAAUAUAGCACAUUUAAAUCAUAAACUUAUAUUUUUACUUUGAUGUUUUUAUGUUUCUUAUAUAUAACUAACAUUGGACUUAAUACUUAUGUGAAAAAUAUUUUGAAUAUUAAAUAAUUUUGACACAUAUUUUAUUUAAAUAUCUAUUACUUAUAAUGAAAAACGACUGCCUAAUAUUAAAGUAUUCUUUGCCUAGAUUCACCAUUAGUUUGAUUUAUUUCUUGCUUUAUCUUUCCCUGUUUAGGAUAUAGUUGCUUUAAAACAAAGCCAUGAUUUUCUUGGAUCAUGAAAGAUAUACUAUUCCCCAGCUGAAAAUAAUGUAUUAAUUACUUUUUAAAUAAUUUAUUUUGUGACCUGACAGUUUGUAUACAUUUAUAUAUUUAAACACUGCUGUGUCUUAUGUUUGACGUGUAAAGCAAUUACAUCAAACUACUUGGCAAUUAUAGCUUCCAAAAUGGACAAAAUUUACCCGUAAUCAAAUCAAUUUUCUGUUCAAUGUUAAAUGGAAGUCAAGGUACAUUUAAUUUGAGGUUUUUCAAAUGUGGCUAGGAAACACUAGAGUCAUUUUUUGUUUUUCUUGCAAUGCAAGAUCAAAAACAAAAAUCAAAGUUAUUUUCUGCCUUGUAGGAUUUUAUGAGGUAUAAAGAGGUUAACACUAAAAUGUUAAAAUGUACUAACAGUGAAAUCAAGUGGGAAAUGUUUUGUUUUUUUCUUUAUGUGCUACAAAAGAGAUUCACGAGUUCAAAGAAGCAUUGAGUAAAUGUGCUUGAUUUAACAGGGCUUAAAGAACCAUCUGGCAAACUAAACUGUAGGUUGUCUUGAGAAUACAGAUUUAAAUACAUGCUAUCGAUAUUUUGUAGAGUAGAUAUAUUUGGGAAACAUCAAAAUUAUUUAUCUACCCACUGAUUUCUUACCUGGCUUUUACAACUGUAUUAUAAUCACUGUUUUCUCUUCUUGAGGCAUGUGAGACUUCUCCAAAUUCAUUUUACAAAUGGACUUUGUGAGAGACAACUAUAAUGAACUUGAGUAGGGACAUCAGGAAAUCCAUACAGUGAGGAAAAGACUCCAGAGAGUCUCACUGUAGGGAAAGCUGUCACAGUUACCAGUGCUACAUCUGUGAGCAGAGGCUGAAGCUUGGAAAUAGGCAGUAGAAAUAUUCACUGUAGGUCUGGCAAGAUGGCCCAGCAUACUUGGUGAGGACCCAGGCUGAGUUAUCAGCCUCCAUGGGGCAAUUUACUAUGGUCUAUAUUCAGGAAUCUGAGGCCUCUUCUGGACUCUAUUGAUACUGCAUGCACAUGGUAUACAGAAGCAGGCAAAUACAUAAAAUAAAAAUAAUAAAUCCUAGAAAAGAAGACAUGAUCAUUGCUGACAGUAGUUGUCACAAUGAGAGGCUUUAUGAAUAAGGGUAUGUUGAUUUUGAAGAGAAGGUGGCCAUGUGGGUUUUUGACACAUAUGCUUUUAAUUAAAAAAUUGUCUGCACCUGGUGUAUCAAUCACUGGAUAUAACUUUGAUUGUAUUAUAAUGUGAGAAUUACAAUUCUCCAGGUAACUAUAACUUCCUCCUAAACACACAGGAUUUGAAGCAAAAUAAAAUAUUGACUUUUUUAACAAAUGGAGUUCUGAAUGAAAUUUUGACUCUGUGAAUAUUAAUUUUUAGAUAUUCUGUGCAUUUAUGUUCAAGAUAUUACAUAUUGGUAAAUGUUAAUGAAAUAAACACCAUUCGAGGGAUAAAUGAAGUAUGGACUAUCCAUCAAGGCAUAGCAUGCUUCACUAUAUUUUUACGGCUACUUCCACAUUUGUAUUGACGGCUUGCUCAUCAUUAGGGUGGUAGGGUGCUUAGAGGCUCUGUCAAUUGUAUCUCAGCAUGACUCUAUGUUAAAAUCCUUUGAAAUGCUUGAUAGAAGUAUGAUUAAUCUUCAUUGCUGUUUUAAUAACUAGGCUUUAAAUGUUGACAAUAUUUACAAGUGAAAAUAAAAUUGUUAAAAAUA